CCGCGAGGGGCGGGGUGGGUGGCAGAGCGGGGACGGAGGGAGAGAGGGAGAGGAGAGCGGAGGGCAGGACGGGCAGGGUGCGGUCUGAAGUGGCAACAGAUCGCUUUGGAUCACUCAAAUCUCCUCAAUUCAACUGGAAAGCUGCAGCUUGGUGCCGCAUGUGGAGGGGGGACGCUUUCCAGCCAGAGAGGCACCGACCAACCCAACAGCACACGAGAGCGGCUGAUGUGACCGAUUCCCAGAGCAAAAGAAAGAGAGGGAGAGAAACCACAACACUGCAACUUGGAUAUCAGUAACCGCUCUCUCUCUCUCUCUCUCUCUCUCCCUCUUUAACUCUCUCACCCACCAAAUCGACUUUGAACCUGUUUGUUUAAAUACACUGCUUUACAGCCUGCGUUCUCAGCCUGCUGUUGAUUCUGGAAGGCGGAGGGACCGAGGUUUCUCAAUCUGGGCCAGUUUUUUGGAGCGGCUAGAAACUUUUUGGUGCCCUCAUGGUGCCCGGUGCACACUCACUGAGCUCGACCCAUCCGCGUUUUUCGGUCGUGAUGUCGCGACGGCCACGGACGAUGGAGCCGGGAACGGAACCGGGGAGGUUCUGAAGUCACCUCUCUCCCCAGGGAGAGUGCUCCCUCCCCCCGGGGCGAUGCGGAGCUCCUUCCUCCUUCUCGCCGCCUCUCUGUGUGCCUUGGUCCUCCUUCUGGCACCUGCUUCGGAGGGCUGCGGGCCGGGGAGGGGGUACGGCAAGAGGCGGCUCCCGAAGAAGCUCAUCCCGCUCGUGUACAAGCAGUUCAGCCCCAACGUCGCCGAGAAGACGCUGGGAGCCAGCGGCCGACCCGAGGGCAAGAUAACGCGCAACUCCGAGCGCUUCAAAGAACUGACGCCGAAUUACAACACCGACAUUAUCUUUAAAGAUGAAGAGGACACGGGCGCCGACAGGCUCAUGACCCAGCGUUGCAAAGACAAGUUGAACUCGCUGGCCAUCUCCGUGAUGAACAUGUGGCCCGGCGUGAAGCUCAGAGUCACAGAGGGCUGGGAUGAGGACGGUCAUCAUUCAGAGGACUCACUGCACUAUGAGGGACGGGCGGUUGACAUCACCACGUCAGACAGAGACAGAAAUAAGUACGCCAUGUUGGCCCGGCUGGCUGUGGAGGCCGGGUUUGACUGGGUCUACUACGAGUCCAAAGCCCACAUUCACUGUAGCGUGAAGUCAGAGCACUCUGUGGCAGCCAAAACAGGUGGCUGUUUCCCUGGAAACGCUCAGGUUAUUCUCCAGGGUGGGGCCAGGAAGCAGAUGCGCGACCUUCGCCCCGGCGAACGCGUCCUAGCUUCUUCCUCCAACGACGGCCAAGGUCCUCUCCUCUACAGCCCGGUCUUAUCGUUUCUGGACCGCCAGCCCGACGUCACCAAGACCUUCUACAUCAUUGGCACAAGUACAGGACGCAGUGUCACCCUCACUGCAGCUCACUUGAUCUUUGUCACAGACUGCACUGGAGGACUGAAUGGGACGAGGGGGGAGGAAACGGCCGAAGAGACACUUUGGGGCCUCAGGCCUGACUGGGAAGCUGGUCCCAGGACAGUUUUUGCUAGCGACGUCCGGCCAGGACAGUGUGUAAUCACGCACCAGGGGAAAGUGGCAACUCUGUCAGUUGUGACCUUUGUGAAAGAGCAGAGGAGUGUGGGCUUGUUUGCCCCGCUCACCCAGCAUGGGUCUAUAGUGGUGAAUGGCGUGCUGGCAUCCUGCUACGCUGCUGUGGACAAUCACUUCUUGGCCCAUUGGGCUCUGGCCCCACUGAGGUCUUUCUACAGCCACAUGGGGCCUUCAGAACCACAGACUGAUGGGCUGCACUGGUACCCUUGGUUUCUACAGAAGCUGGGGCAAACGCUGCUGGGUGCUGGACACUUCCACCCAUGGGGGAUUGAGCAAGCGCGACAAUAGGAACCACAGAGAUGUUCCACACUCGUCCAGGCCUGUGUUCAGGAACACCAGCGUCUGUGAGCCUGGACGCACAGAGGUGACUGGAAAACCAUCAAACUUUACAGUGUAAAUGUGUUUUGUACUAAUUCUACUUGCUGUAUUUCACUAAACAUUCCAUGUAGCCAAAGUACAAUUGUGCAAGAGACGUGAGAGAAUGAAAACAAUUUUGCUACAGUCUUAAUCAAUUCCUGAAUAUGUAGAAGGACAAAGAGACAAACAUAAGUUCUAACUUGAAUAUCUGAAGCAUCUUAGAGCUUAAAGUAUAUACAGUAUAUAUUUCUUUGCUAAAACUAAAGGUAGCAGGACAAUCAGGUUUCAGCAGACCAUCGUACUGUAUUUUCUAUAUUGAGAUAACGCUCUAGGCAUAAAGCAUAUUGGUGCACUUAUAGGAAACCUAUGAGCUAAAAAAGGGAAACUAACCAGGGAAUAACCAAGGAGCCGUUCAAAGCUCUGGAUGAGCUUGGAUGUUUGUAAAGUCAAGUGAGAAAAAAAAAACCCAAGUAUCUUGAUGGUCUCAGACCGAUUCACGUGUUUCGUUUAUACGCCCUGCUGUUUUUUCAGGACUUUCGUGAUUAUUUUUUGUUGUAUUGUUUCAGGUUUCCACAUUCCGGUCAGUAGUAUAGUAUUAAGGCAUGCACAUCACUCAGGCUGUAUUCAACUACUGUAUUAAGAAAUUGUUAUGAAUCUUGAUAAAUCAAAGUUAUCAGAAUUGUGAAUAUUAGGGGUUAGUUUGACAGAAGCCCUCGACAUGAUUGUUUUGUUUUGUACACCAUCUUAUGCUCAGAAUUUAGAUUGAGAUUGAAAAGGAAAUAUAAGUAUUUAAGGCACGUAAAGCAGAUUUAUGUUUGGAUAUGAGGAAGGAUUCUAGACACACGUGUAGCUCAUAUUGCCAAAACACUUAUUAGGUGUGGUUUGUUGUUUUGUAAGUCAUCAGUUAUGCCUGCUCAAAGAUUUGUCAAAUAUGUAUAUUAAGCUAUUGUUGGAGAGACUAUUUAAAGAUUUAUUUUUAGAAACUAUUAUUAUUUUUUGCAACUCUGUUCAUACAGUUUGUAUUUGAAACAUAAAGUUGUUUUUAAACCAA